AUGGAUCUCACUCCAAUAUCAUUCUACAUGGGAGGCACAGAUGUGGAAGGUAAUAACUCGACAGGUGUCUUCUGGGACUUAGAAGAUUACCCAAUCCCUGAGCACCUCGAUCCGGCUACGGUUGUUGAGAAUAUCAAAUUCGCUCUGAAAAAUAAUGGUUAUACUGGUGACGUGUUUGUGUGGGCUUUUUUACCUGGCGGCAAAACCUUCUCGAAGCAUUCUGUGCAGGAAUAUAAAGACGCUGGAAUUACCACCAUCACUGUCAUGGAGGAGAAAUAUUUAAGACUACGUAGGAUGAUAGUGGACUUCCUUUUGUGGUCUGCGGACAAUUGUCCCCAUUUUACUAUGGGACCAAAUACUUUGGUAAUCACAAAAGACAUGGUCGGUAAGACGACCUCCUUCCUCCGUUUCCUCCAGACUUUGGCAACAGCUUAUUACCAUGUUUUAUGGGCACUGCCUGAUGAUAAUACCACUGAGCCAACUUCUUGGGUCAAGUUGAAAUGGCAAUGGAGAAUCCUCUCUGGAGGAGGAGAUCCUAUCAAUGAAACCGAAAGCGCGGAGAGCACUACCGUUGAACAAUCCAUGUGA